AUGAUACUUAGUAAUAGACCUGUGGGAUUGGUCUUGACUGUGGCAGAAUGGGCAGCUUGGUUGCUAUGGCUUUUGAUUAGAAUGAGGGCAUCCACAUGUAUGCUAGUUGCUGUUGCUUUUUUGUCGUCCAUUGCAGGCAGAGGCUAUUCCAUUUAUGAUGGAGGGCAAUCGAUAGAUGGGGAAGCUUUCCUUUUGCUGGAUGCAUGCAAUACAGUUGAUUUGAUUAACAUGGAUGCAGUGGAAGUGGUUCAACUGGUGGUCAGAACUGGGGCGUUUAGUGCUGGAUUGGCUCGUUGUAGUGGACAACCUUGUGUAUUAGUGAAGUUAGAUUGCUGGUGCAUCAGUUGCCAGAUUGAGUGUCAGUGCCAGUUAAAAACUUUGGCAGAGCAGCAAGUGGUGAUGUGGCCUCUCCGAACUAUGAAGCACGGACCCUCUCGAGAAGUUCAGGGAUGGAUAGGCCAACAACUUUUGUUUGAGGUCAAAGCUUGGCUUAACAAUGUGCGCUGUAGGAUGAGUCCUUGUGGGGAUGCUUCAGAAAGAUUUCUUGAAGGUUUGAGAAAUAGCCCUCACUUAUUAUUGUGGGAAGGGCCAGAAGACUCCUGCAGAGAAGGGGAUUUUUGGGUUGGAGGUUGUGGUGAUUGGAGUGAAGAAAGUUUCCAGCUAUUUCCUGUAGAGGCUUCAUACAUGUCGGAUGUUUCAAAACGAUUAUCUUGUGCACGUCAAAUAGACAAGAUAUUGCGCAAGGAUUCCCUGGAAAGGGCAAAGAAAAGCUGGUUUGAGCGGAAUGCUGAAUCAGUUGAUUUAGUUUUGGAGGACAAUGACAGCGAGGAGGAGAGAGUGAACAGUUACAAGCAAAAGAAGGCCAGUUCUAUUCAUUUGAAGAAACUGCAGCAGGAGCUCCAUACAUUGCUUUCACGGCCAUUGCAACCCAAGUCAUUUUCUCAUCGCUUUUUGGCAGGGGCUGGUGUUUCAACUCUCCUUCAGAACCAAUUUGAAGAAUUAGCUAAUAAGGAGAAAUUUGGUGAUGCAAGAAACUCAGGUGAAAGCAAAAGAAGGAAAUUGGUGAUUGUUGGUCGGGAUUGUGUAGAACCACUCCAAGCACUUAGGAGUGCUGGUCAGGAGGUCAUGGAUUUGAAAGAGAUUGCAGUAAAACAAAGAAAUGUAGACCACUUCAGGAGAAAGAGAAAGGAGGAGAAAAAACGUUUGCAUGAUCAACGGAGGAAGCAGAGAAAAAGGCUAAAAGGGAAAUCCAAAACCAGCUA